AUGUCGUCGCAACGGCCAGACCCGAGCCAACGUACCCAGAGGCACGACGACGACGAAGACGACGACUACCCACCCUUGCCACCACACCGCAGGCUUCCCCCACUACCGCCGAUUUCUAGAGAUACAAGCCGCCUCACCUUCUCCCCGAGCGCCUCAAGACGACACCCCUGGGAGCCUGAGCCUUACACUACGCAAGACCAGGCCGAGACCUACUAUCAGCUCACGCGGCACAUGGCAGAUCGGAAUUUCCAGGCCGAGUACGACGAGCUCGUUGGCAACAGUUUGAGUGGCUUCACGGCAUUUAUGUCUCAAGCGCAAGACGACUUUGGUUUCUCUCGAAACAACAAUCUUGGCUGGAGCCAAAACUCAAAUUUACUAGAUAUCCUGCAGAACGACCAGAACGACCAGCGCGACGACGACGAUAACACCCGGCGCCAACCCCUUCAGUUGCCUCCAGUCUUCGGGUACAGAACAGUCAGGACAAUCAGCGGACGUCAACGAACCGACGGCACGGAAGACGACUUGGAAGCAGUUAGAGCUCUGUGGAAUCGGAGAGCCCAGUACAGCUCUUCGCCCUUUUCGCCGCCCAGGAUGCCUCCCAACCAAUCCCCGCCAAAUCUGUCGCCUCUGCCUCCGUCGGAAGAGUACCCAGAGGAGAAUCGGAGAGUAAAAAGGAGAAAGCUAGACUCUGAACGCAUUGCCCAGAGCUUCAAGGGAUUUCGAUAUGGACGGUAUGGCCAGGUUGAGUCGGGUCAACUAAAGAUGGAAAUCAUGAGCUGUGAUGGAGGACUUUACGAGAAUACUACUCUUCACGCCCACGAAAAUAUCCUCAAGGACGACAAGACCGUGUACUGUACACAGUCUAAUCGCUGCAAUAUCAUUCUUCGACACCAGGGCGGGACUGCAUUCAGCUUGAAGGAGCUCGUCAUCAAGGCGCCGGCAUCGAAUUACUCCUCACCCGUACGAGAGGGCAUGAUCUUUGUCUCAAUGAAUCAAGAUGAGCUCUUGAGGCGAACGGCACAAUAUGAAAUACAGUAUGCUCCUCAGAGAUCAGGUCAUACAACGGCUACACGGGCACUCGCACCAAUCAUCUCGAUACGGCAUCACGAAGACGGAACGACUGUGACUAGAACGCACACUCGGCAGAGACGGCUAUACAGCCUGGGGCAUGACGACGAUGAGAAUGAGAAUCGGACGGCGCAGAUCCCGGCGGAGUUCACCACACACUUACCGCCCUUCAACAUCACCACCGAAUGCAGUUACGAAGAGACUGACGACGAGGAUACCCCUAGAAUCACUGCGAAUCGGACAGCUCCCAAUAGAAUUGGAUCCCUACCGUUCGAGAGUGACAGCAGCGACGACGGCAAUCCAUUUGCGUCAGACUUUGACGAUUAUUCCUUCAACAAUAGGCGCCGUGACCCUCAUGAUAUGUCACUGGCUGAGGCCGUUGAGGCGAAUCAGAUGGCAACGCAAGAGGCUGUUCGGGCUGUCGGUGGUGAGCUCAUGGCUCCACAUGCCAAGUUCUUCAUUGAGAAGGACAAGAGCAAAUGCACAAUACGAUUCGAUCCCCCGGUUGCUGGGAGAUUUAUCCUCCUGAAGAUGUGGAGUAGCAGUCGAGCGGCUGGAAGUAAUAUCGAUAUACAAGCGGUCCUUGCCAAAGGGUUCGCUGGACCGCGGUACUUUCCUUCAGUAGAGUUGAGAUAA